AUGGGAGACCUUAUGAAAAGACAGUUCAGCAUCUUAGAUUUAUCUGGAAAGAAAUUUCUGGAAUGGAAAGUGGACGCAAUGAUGAAUUUGAAAGCUCAAGGCUUGGAGCACACUGUUAAAGAAAAUAAAAGUCCCCCUGGUCAAACAACUGAUACUACCACUUCUGCAAUGACGGUUGAAAAACCCAUUACCGAACAAGAAAAGGCAAAAGCCUUAGUGUUACUAAGGCAUCAUUUACAUGAAGGCCUUAAAACUGAGUACAUGAUGGUUGAAGAUCCCAAAGAAUUAUGGGACUGCCCUAAUGAAAGAUUUGGACACCACAAAAGGGAUUUCAAAUCUGUAAUAGAUUACAAUUCAACCAUACAUGAGAUAGUAUCUAUAUUGAGAUACUGUGAUCAUCCAGUGACCGAUGAACAAAUGAUUGAAAAAACACUCACUACCUUUCAUGCAAGCAACAUACUGUUGCAAGAACAAUAUCGUGAAAGAGGUUUUAAGAAGUUUAAUGAAUUAAUGAGUGUAUUUCUUGUUGCGGAACAAAAUAGCGAUCUUUUGUUGAAAAAUCAUAAUCUCAGACCAACUGGGUCUUUGGCCACUCAUCAUGAGGCAAAUGCAACAAAUUCCUAUCCACCCGAGUCAAAUGCUACAAGAAGAGGUGGACGUGGAAAUUACAAUGGCCGUGGAAGAGGCCGUGGGAAUUAUCGCGGACGCGGCCGUGGUCGUGGUAGAAAUAAUUUUCAAAGAAACAGCAAAGAGAAAAAUGCAGAAGCAAAUUAUGUUAAUGAGGAAAAUGCUCCUUGUCCCAGCCUUGAUGUGUCUGAUUAUUUCAUGGAUAAUGCUGAAAUUGGAAAUGAUUUCAUUCUUGGAGAAAACAACAAUACUUAG